GUGCCGCCCGGCCAGUGUACCGAGGCAUUGUUACAAGUGAUACACGCAGGGAAGCUGUUCCGAGUUCUUUAUUCUACUUCGAAGAAAGCUAAACAGAAAGGGACAUAAUUACAAAUAUGAAACCCAAGUGAUGAAAUCAGUUAAACAUUCCGAUAGGAAAAAUGACAUAUAUUGAAAAAGUUCUGCCACAAAUGCAUAAAACAAAACAAAGCCUGAAAUAAAACUGUCCUGCCAACAGAAGUCAUUGCAAGGAUAGAAGACUUGAGGAACACUCAGCGAACAUGUCAAGAGCUCAGCAGAUGCUGGUGCAGUGUGCGGAGGAAGGGGACGAGGCAGGCGUGAAGCAGGCGGUGCAGGCUGGGGCAUUGGUGGACUGGGUGGACAGAAGUGGAUGGGCGGCCCUACACCACGCCGCAGCAAGUGGAAACAGUGGAAUGGUUAAACUUUUGCUGAACUACUCCGCCGAUCUUGAAGUCAGGAGCACAGCGGCGGGGGAGGAGGGAGCGACGCCCCUGCACCUGGCUGCCUGCUUUGGCAACACCGUCGUCAUGAGGGUCCUGCUAGACAGCGGGGCUGAAGAAGAGGCGGUCGACCAGCGAGGUGGGGACCAAGUUAACAGAGCUUCCCUUGCUUGUAGGACAGCGGUGCACUGGGCGGCUCUGCAGGGAAAACUCGAAUCCCUGAAGCUGCUGGAUGCCUACAACUGUGACCUGAAAUCGCGGGUGAGUGGGCGGGGCACUGCCCUCCACUACGCUGCCGCGUACGGGGACCUGGAGUUGGUGGAGUGGCUGGUGGAGCGAGGCGUCGAGAUCACAAACAAGGAUAGGAAUGGACGUCUGGCAAAGGACGUGGCCAAACGGAACGGCCACAUGCUCGUCCAUCACUUCCUCAAGAAGGAGGCCGAAAGGCAGCCACAGAAAUCGUUUAUGAGAGCAGGAAGACACACCCGCACAGACAAUUCUGAGCAGCCAAGGCCCAGGUCUCGUAAGAGCACUCAUCGAGAGGGAAAAGAAACUCCCAGGCAAGAACACAGGGACGUGAACAGGAGCGCCUCUCUUCCGUCAGCCUCAAAGUCUCCCCCACCCACCACCUCCAAAAAGAAAGGAUGGAUUAUUCGUUCCGUUACAGUUGGCAACAAGAGUGGACAGAAGCUACAGGCGGAGGCUAUGAAGAAAGAAAUGGAGGACAUGGAGGAGCUUUUACGUUCCAAGGACGCCCACAUCGCUCGUCUUCAAGGGGACAUUUUUUCCACUGAACUCGAAAAGGUGAAAGUCGAGGAACAUCUACAGGAGCUGAUAAUCCAGACACAACGGCUGGGAAAACCAUCAAAGGCCCAGGAUGCUGCCCUCGAGGGGACUUCAGACACUGGCCACACUGAUAUCCAGACGCUGUUGCAGGAGAAGGCAUCGAUUCUACGAGAACUGCAGGAGGUGAAGACAAGGCUGGAGGAAGAAAGACGAGCUCGAGCCAGUGAAAGGCAGGCCAGCGACCACAAGAUAGCCUCCCUCACCUCAGAGCUGGAGGAGGUCACGCAGAAGAUGACGAAGUAUGGUGUUCGUCAGAGGAAACUUCUCAGCAAAAACAAAAAUAUCGAACCUGACCUGGCGGCCGCCGGGACACCGUCUGGGCUUCCUGACGUGGGUGACGGCGGCUCCAUGAACUCUGUCGUCCAGUGCCUCUACAGCGUCACUGAUUUUCGGAACUACCUGACUUCGGACGCUUACAGGCGGGAUCUGGUGUCACAAGGGGAGGCCUCGACGGCGCUGGCCGGGGUGUUCAAGGCGCUGCGGGCUGGCGUGCAGCCUGAGAUACACGCCAAGGUGCACCGACUUAAGCAGGAAGUUGUCGGUAGUUUGCAAAGGACGUCCAGCAGAAGCCAUGGGCACGGCGCUCACGGCCUGCUGACCUACCUGUUCACUCGGCUUCAACGCGACUUGUGGCAGGUUGAUGAGGACUCUGUGUCGCGGAAGUUCCUCGGGUCACAGGUGUCAACCGUGACCUGUCGCUGGACGGGGUUGAACGUGACCCGCGUGGCUGAAGACUUCUCGACCAUCAGUCUGGACGUGACCGAAGACAAAAAAUCUUCCCUCCAGGACCUACUGGCGGAGCACUAUCAGCCUCUGGGCGUGGAGCACGACUGCCCUCAUUGUGUUCGCAGUCACCAGUGUCGUAAAGAAAUCAAAAUCACUCGUCUGCCUCCUGUCCUGGUCAUCCAGCUGUCCAGAAACGAUCAAAAGACCAGGACCGGCUUCCCAUCCCAGCUCGAGCUGCAGAGGAUCGUCAGCUGCAAUAGUUCCUCGUACGAGUUGUUUGCGGUCAUUGCCCUUGAGGGGACGGCCGCCUCCCCUAAGUACACUGCCCUCUGCAGGAGCCCUCCUGACCCCACGUGGCGCCUCUACGACGAUGACAGAGUGCGUGACGUCAGUGUCCAAAGCGUCCUAGACACAAACAACCCCCAUCUUUUAUUCUAUUCUUCAGGGAAAGAUUAAGUUAGCAGUUUUGAAUGGAUAGACGUUUUUGAGUUCUACAUAGCACUAAAAUAACUAAAACACAUUCACACACACAAAAACAAAACAAAAAAAACCCAUAUAGCAAUAGAUAAAUAUCUGAUAAUCUUACACUUCACUCAAAAAGUAAUGAUGAAAGUUAUUGCUACGAUAUCUUCACUCUGGUAUCGCUAUCAACAUGCCUAAACAGUUCAAUGUGUGUGUGUGUGUGUGUGUGUGUGUGUGUGUGUGUGUGUGUGUGUGUGUGUGUGUGUGUGUGUGUGUGUGUGUCCUUCCAUUGACAUCUUUUUCAGGUUGAAUUUCUCUUCGUGUGAACACUUUUUUUAUAGCUGUCAUUUUAUUUGUCUUAUGUAUGAAUAUUUCUUUUGUAGAAAGUUACAACAAACAAGAAAAAAGAUUUAACAACAAUAAAAUAUCGUAUGUUAAGAUUCCGA